AUGUUGCUCCCAUGUGGAACGGGAUGUAACCCUCUGUUUGGAAAGUGCACCAGCUCGGGAGGCUCUCCACCUGCGCAGAGCCCUACGCCCCCUGCGCCGACUCCAAGCACUCCUCGCUCUUCCUCUACCGGUAUGCCACCUGUAGUCCCGCCACGCUCGAGCCCAAUCUCCAGCAGCAGGGCUCCAUCCCCCACUCCCGCUCCCGCUCCCAGCCCGGCUCCUACCCCUGGAAAGAGAGUCUCUCCAGACGGAUGGUGCGCCGGCUCUCGGGGCUACACCUGCUCAGGCUCGCGCUUUGGAAAUUGCUGCAGCCUGUUUGGACAGUGCGGGUCAUCCAUGUUUCACUGCCGAAGGGCUUUUGGCUGUAAGGCUGGCUUCGGUGCCUGCGUCUAA